AUCUGUAAAACACUGGCAGGGGAUUGCAGGUGGCAUUUUCUUCGAACGGAGUGGUGUUACGCAGUGGUCUGGGAGAUUUUAAUCUGCCAUGGCUUUAAGGAAUGCUGUUAUCCGUUUGCUCGCCAACACGCAGAGAUGUGCUGUGAUUUCAGCUUCAAGAGCACAGGGAACAGCAGCACCAGCUCACUUGGGGGGAAAGAAGACGGAAGAAAAAAAGCCAGCUAAGACACCCAAGGUGCAGUUUAACUGGCAGGAUGCAUUGGAUCUGGAAGGGCUUCUGACAGAGGAGGAGAUAAUGAUCCGGGACACUUUCCGCACCUACUGUCAGGAGAAACUCAUGCCCCGUAUCCUGAUGGCCAACAGAAAUGAAGUGUUCCAUCGGGAUAUAGUUUCGGAGAUGGGGGAGCUGGGAGUUCUUGGGCCAACUAUCAAAGGAUAUGGGUGUGCAGGGACGAGCUACGUGGCCUAUGGGCUGAUUGCGAGGGAAGUCGAAAGGGUGGACAGUGGCUACCGUUCUGUAAUGAGUGUCCAGUCCUCAUUGGUCAUGCAUCCCAUCAAUGCCUAUGGCACAGAGGAGCAGAAGGAGAAGUAUCUGCCCAGGCUAGCACGUGGGGAGAUUUUGGGCUGUUUUGGACUGACGGAACCAAACCAUGGCAGUGAUCCAAGUAGCAUGGAGACUCGGGCCAAAUACAAUCCCUCCAGCCGCACCUUCACCAUCUCUGGGGCCAAGACUUGGAUCACCAACUCUCCGGUGGCGGACAUCUGUGUGGUAUGGGCCAGGUGCGAGGAUGGCCGGGUGAGGGGCUUCAUCCUGGAGCGCGGCAUGAACGGCCUUUCCACGCCCAAGAUCGAGGGCAAGUUCUCGCUGAGGGCGUCUGCCACAGGCAUGAUCCUGAUGGAUGAGGUGGAGGUACCCGAGGAGAACCUGUUGCCCAACGUCUCUGGCCUGGGAGGUCCCUUUGGCUGCCUAAACAACGCCCGCUAUGGCAUUGCAUGGGGCGCUCUGGGUGCUGCUGAGUUCUGCUUUCAUGCAGCCCGCCAGUACACCUUGGACAGGAUUCAGUUUGGUGUUCCCUUAGCAAGGAAUCAGCUGAUGCAGAAGAAGAUGGCUGACAUGCUGACAGAGAUCACCAUUGGGCUGCAGUCCUGUCUGCAGCUGGGCAGACUCAUUGAUGAAAAGAGAGCGGCCCCAGAGAUGAUCUCCAUGCUGAAGAGAAACAGCUGUGGCAAAGCACUGGACAUUGCUAGGCAGGCAAGAGACAUGCUGGGUGGCAACGGCAUAGCAGACGAAUACCACAUCAUCCGCCACGUCAUGAACCUGGAGGCCGUCAACACUUACGAGGGUACCCACGACAUCCAUGCCUUGAUUUUGGGCAGAGCCAUCACUGGGCUGCAGUCAUUCACAGUAGAGAAAUAGAUCUGACUGGAGGUCAUUUUCUGAGUGAAGAGAAGAACCUGGACCUCUUCAUCUGCUGUUUGAGCAAUUGACUGCAUUAAUGGGUUUCCAUUCCAAGUACCUUUUUUGUUUCUUCUUUUAGAUAUAGAAUAUUCAGAUUUCUAGAAUUUUAAAUGCAAUUGUAAUUCUUUUGAAAUGCUGGGGGAAAAUGUUUAUAGGGGUCUGUCAGCCUAUCCUUACAGGAGUUUUUUUUUUUUAACUACUGAUGUAGUUAAAGUGUACAAAGUGUAUUUUAUUAAGAAAGUAAAGUAUACUGUAGGUACACUAACAGGUCAUUUAAAUUGCACAGUAACAUCACUUUUGAGAAGAACAUUUGAGAAGACAAGUCUGGUAACAAAUGUACGGGAAAGUGAAGAUGAGUAUGAGUAUGUGUAUGUGAGUAAAAACAAUCAAAAGAAAUUACUUUAAGUGACCUUAUGUUGAAAUUAUUUACAUAAUUAAUUAAAUGAAAUUAUUAAACAUUGCAAUUAAUUUCUUAACGUUACAUUACGUUUAAUGUAUGGGAAUUUUAUACUGUUUUA